CCAUCCGGCGGAGGGAUGUACACCGCUGUUCACUCCUACACAGUUCGUUCAGGACUACUGUAACUGAACAGAGUCACGGAGCUGGAGAUGAUUUAACAGUAGUUUUUAAAAAAGUUCAACCAGAGCUGAGAAGACCGUCACUAGGCCCGUGUCGUCUUCACCUGACAGGCACAGUUCAUUACAUUUUUGGGCAUCUUUUUUAUUUUUUUUUUGCGGGUGGUUUAGCUGCGUGCUAGUUAGUUAGCAUGCUGUUUCUGUUUCGAUACAGCAUACAACCACAACUACGUCUUCGAGCUUUAACCUCGUCAUGACUGAACUAAGAUGUAGGAAAACUGAGACUUUGGAUGGAAAUAGUGAUGAAGAAGGAGAAAGAGGAGUGCAAGAGGGCGGACCAACUGAGGAGGUGCAGCAGACUGAGGAUCCCGUAGCAGGUCCGUCCGAGCCACUGACCGAGUCCAGCUGUGCAGAAGCUGAAAACUUGGUUCAGGAAGAUGGAGGUGAAAAGGAGGAGGAUGACCCCAAACAAGAGGAGUCAAACGGAACGUCUGUCAAAGCCCCCCAGAUUUCUCUUCCUCCAUCAAGUUUUCUGCAGCAUCUGGUCAGAGUGUUUUUUGGAUGUUUGGCAGCUGUUUCCUGCGGUAUGCUCUACGCUGUGUAUCUGUCGACGUAUCAUGACAGGAAGUUCUGGUUCUCAAAAAGGCAGGAGCUCGAGCGUGAAAUCACCUUCCAGGAAGGCAGCGGCCUCUAUUACUACUACUACAAACGCAUGCUGGCAGCGCCCUCCUUUGAAAGAGGUUUUUACGAGCUGAUGGUAGAUAACAGGACUCUUUCCGGUGAAACCAUCAACGCCGUGGAGCGUCUGUCUCUGUAUCCAGAGAUAAUAACCAGCUUUGUGUACAGAGUCACAGGGAGCCAGGACUUUGUAGAACCCAUUUACUUCUACAUGGGAGCAGUUUUCGGCCUUCAGGCCGUCUGUGUCACCGCGCUGUUUGUGUGCAGCUGGGUGAUGAGUGGAAGGUGGUUGGCCGGCAUGUUAGCUGUGGCCUGGUACGUGAUCAACAGACCGGACACGACCAAAGUGGACCUAGCGAUUCCUCUGAGGGAAAACUGGGCUCUGCCGUACUUCUCCUGCCAGGUGGCAGCUCUGACCGGGUUCCUGAGCAACAACAUUUCCUCUGCCACUGAGAUGUUCUGCUUUCUGGCCAUGAGCGCCACCACCUUCACCUUCCUCCUGCUCUGGGAACACAGCCAUUAUGUGCUCUUCGUCCAAGGCCUCUGUCUCUUCCUGCUCGACUCCUUUGACCUGGUGCCGAGUCGUAAGAUGGCUGACAUCCACAAAGUUUACCUCAGCUCCCUGUUCCUGGCCUAUCUGUUCCAAUUUCAGAACCCGGCCCUGCUUAGCUCACCACUGCUCAGCCUCCUGAUUGGCUCAGUGCUCGUGAGGUACUUCCAGCAAAAGAUGAAAAUAGGCCCUCUGGUGGCCAGAGUCAUGAAGCUCUUCCUUCAUUUUCAUCUGGUCUUUUAUACAGCGAUCACCUUCAGUUACUUGGUUAAGAAACUUGUUCCUGCCGGUGAUGCUGAAUUCAUACUGAAGUUCCUGGAAGUGAAAUUUUUGCUCAACACAACAACUGACUUUGUGACCAACCUCCUCCUGUGCCAGGAUGGAUUCCAGAAACCUGGACAGGACUUCUUCCUGAGACUGACCCAGACUUCAGUCCUUCCUUUUUACUUCCUGGUUCUGACUGUGUGUCUGCUGUCCACCAGUCAGACCAUCUACAGGAAACUCAGUGGUAAGCCAAUGAAAACCAGCCGUCGACAGGAAGACGGACGAAUAGGAGAGAAGCCCGAGGUCAACUACCACGUCUUUCACAUGCUGCUCUUUGGGGGUCUGACGAUGCUCUUUGAUGGGAUGAAGUAUUUGUGGACGCCGUACGUCUGCAUGUUCACAGCCUUCGGCAUCUGUUCUCCAGACCUGUGGAUGACUGUGUUCCGGUGGCUCAAACUGAGGUCCAUGAACCCUGUGGUACUUAUUCUGAUCCUCAGCACAGCUGUUCCGACCAUCAUUGGUUUCAGUUUAUGGAGGGAGUACUGCCCUCGAGUCUUGACUGAACUGUCUGAUCUGCCAGAGUUCUACGAUCCAGAUACAGUGGAGCUGAUCAGCUGGAUCAGGUCCAACGCUCCAGCGAUGGCAGUGUUUGCAGGAAGUCCACAGCUGCUGGGAACAGUGAAGCUUUGUUCAAGUUCAGUCGUGACCAGUUUACCACUGUACUCAGACAUUAAUCUGCUGAAGCGGAAUGAAGAUACGUACCAGGUUUAUGCCUUGAGAUCCGCCGAGGAGAUCUAUAAGAUCCUGACGUCUCAGAAGGCCAACUACAUCAUCAUCGAGGAGUCCAUCUGUACUGAGUUUAAAGGCUGCAGCAUCAAAGACAUGCUGGACAUUUCUAAUGGACAUGUCAUCUACGACAAAGGAGAAAUUUACUCCUUUUCCAAACACGGACGAUUCUGCCACAAAAUCAAGAUGAACUACUCUCCUUAUACCAACUACUUCACCAGAGUGUUCUGGAACCGAUCGUACCACGUGUACAAAGUCAACUCUGUCAUCUCUUUUCAAUACUGACGGCAGUUCUGUCCUGGCUGCUGACAACGAUCCCUGAGGCAGAGCUGACGUCCUCAAAGUCCAGUCACUGGGCUCCAGGUCUGAAACGACGUCCAGGCGUUGUGGAGGCACACAGUUGGAAAUACUCACCAGGUUUUCUGGUUCAGAGUUUGUUUUUUAUCAGGGACAAAUUAUGGAGAGAACAAGAGAAGAAGUCGAACACUAUUUAGGACGUUGUACAUCUGUUAGAAAACAAAAAUACUGCUGACACUUAUAAAUACAACAACACCAACAACUGCCAGGAUAAUAGACGUCUCUCUGAGAGACCCUGUCUUAAACAGGAGCCGCAGUCUGGAGUGGACGGAGAGGAUUAGGACUGAGCAGAUCAGAGGAAGAGCCAAUAAUAUCAGCUGACAGAUAUUAUUAUUAUAAUAUCGGUAACAAUUGUUAUUGUGUUUUUUCUCCGAUAAUGAAAACCCGAUAACGCAAUGCCUGGAUUUUGCCAAAUAUGCUGUAUUUCCUUGUAGUGUCCUGAGAUGUUUAUCUCAGGGGCAAACACCUGCAUAUAUUGGUAUCGGUUUACCAUCUUCAGAAGUGUUCGGACUAUAUCAGCAUACCGGCAAAAAGUUAGUCUUGGACAUCCCUACUGUAUUAUUUAUUUCCAGGUUCUAAGGUAGCAGUAAGACAACAACAAUAGACGACAAUGUCAUAGUGAGGUCAUCUUUUAUUUGUGGCAUUUUAUUUCCUGCAGAUGGCAGUCUGAACUGCAGGAAGCCUUUUAUAAUUACAGUUUCCUCGCCUAUGAAGAAAAAUGAGUUUGCAAUAACUCAAACAGACUCCGAUUCUUCACACUUUCAGAAUAUUAGUUAUCAGAUAUUUAGUCGUAGGUAUUUGAAAAGUACCUAUUAAGAAUAUUUGACAAGAAUAAGAUCACAAAUAAUCAGUAUUUAGUUACUGAGUAUUUACUGAGACGUUGCUUUACUUUCAAUUUCUGCUCUAAAACCUAUGCAGUGUGUGAUCUGUGUUUUUAGAUUCUCAUUCCUGCAGGUCACAGCGUCAUUUCUUAUUCUAGAGGCUUCUAGAAGUUGAAAUUAAACCUUCACAUCCAAACAAACAAGCCACUGAGCGGAUGUUCUAUGGCUGUGUCUGGAUGCCUUGAGUUCAUAAGAUGGAACUGAUGUGUUUCACUUUAGAAACUUUUUUAAAAAGGUUUUUUAAGAUUUUUGUUUUCCUCCCAUCCUGGUUGUAACUUGAAAUAUUCACCAGUUCAUUCUGGCGCUGUUGUUUAACCUUCACCACUAACUUCUCCUCUGUGAAUAUGAACAAUAUGUUUUAUUAUGUUACUGAAGCCAAUCAAAUGAGUGUAUGAGUUGAUAAUAAAUGUAUUGCUCAACUUUGUA